UUAUUAAUUUCGUGAUGUAAAGUAAAACUCGCAUAUAUUUCUAACGUUUCACGAUGAUUUAUCUGAAAUUUUAGUUCUGUAAGAUUUCAACAAUGGAUUUAAUGGUUCGUGUUAAUUAACUCUCAUGUUUCGAGUUUUAGAGCAUACGUUUAUAUUGAAGAUUGGACUUAAUCGAUUAGACAAUAAAGGGAAAGGAACGCCUGUUUACCUUGAUUCAAUUGUUUUAACAGACAAAUUGUUAUUGCAAAUACCUCAAUCGUGAAGCACCUCUCUAUUGAAUUGAAGUCAUUGUCAAAAGAUUGUUCGUAAUUGAAAGUUGAUUCACUGCUAAUAUUUUGACUCAAAAUGCCGGAAACUUGGCAUGUUUUAGUGAUUCCGUUACUAAGUUGAUGGCUAUAAGCUACUGUCAGAGUAACUGACAUUAUUGCGUAUAACUAAUUUUAACAAUUAAACAAAGGAUUUAAAUAAGGAUGUCUUCUAGUGCUUAAAUUAUUCAAUUGAAACAUAAACGUUGAAAUGGCGGAAAACGAACCGGAAGUUACUCUCAUGAAGCCGGAUGCUGCCUUACAGAAGUACAGCCUAGAGCUACUGACAUGUGUCGAUGAAAUGAAGUACCGUCGUGAUGUGCUCCAUAAGCAGGUUCUCCGGGAAGGCCAGGAGAAAGAACGGCUCCAGGUGGACCUCCGCCGCCUCACUGACCAGCUCGUGACCCUGAAUGAGGCCAUCUGUGAUCAUGUGAUCGCCAGAAACCAGAUCAACCAAGCCAUUUUAGAGACUGAAGCAGCGUUCAGAAGCAUGGCAACAGGAAGUGAAAAUCUGCUCCACUUCCUGAAAAAAGUGACUGCUCAAAUAGGACCGCUCCUCAAGGAACCAGAGAGCACAGAUAGUGAGGAAACCGACCGAGGAAAGCGAAAAUCUGGCCGGAAAUCGGAAACACCUCGUAGAUGACGUCACCAUAGAUGCGAAAUCUGGUUCACUUAAGAAACAUGAUUGUUUCAUAUCCAUUUUUGACAUUAGAGAGUUGAUGCGUGAUUUGAAUUGACGAAUAUAUUUGAAUUCAGUAUAACCAGUUUGUUGUCGGCGAUUUAAUGAGUUUUUUAUCCAAGAAAUAGGACGUUUUUACGGUGUAUUGCCUGUUUUCGUCACUCCUUUUCUUCUCUCUUAUGUUUUUUGUACAAUCAACAAAAGAACGUGUAAAUAAACAUUAGGUUAAUG